CAGAGUCUUCUCUAUUUGAGGCCCAGACCAGUCACUCUCACGCGGAAACACAAAUGGAUCGUCCUCUACAAGAUAUUCACACCUAAGUAUCCUUCUUCUUCUUCUUCUUCUUCUUCUUCACUCUGAAAAACCAGAGUACCCACUUGCUUUUCUGCAUGCAAUUUCAACCUUUUCACACUUGAAAUCUUCUUUCUCUAUCUUGUUAUCUGUUUCUCGGCUUCCCUUAAUUUUUCCUUCUUUUUUUUUUCCUGACUAUGGAAGAUGAUACACGGUUCUCUCACUUUGGUUUUGUGAAAUCGGUGGUGAAAUCAGUCGUCUUUUCUUGAUCUCCUUCUUCCCUCACCUUAUACGGGUCUUAAAAAAACAAAAGCACCCACCAAACAAAAACAUAUAUUGCCUUUUUCUGAUUUUGUUUUAUUAAGUUCGUGCUUGUCCCCUUUUUAAAAUUCGACUUACAGACUUCCUCAUAAAACGCCAUUUUUAUUUUGAGAUCAAAAACUUUUUAACCCAAGCCUGAUCCUGAUCAAGACAAGAACAAGAUUCCAUCUCAAAGGAAAAUGCAAGACCCGGCAUCAACUUUUCACCAGGCAAUGAUGAAGCCACAGUUCCCAGAACAAGAGCAGCUCAAAUGCCCGCGCUGCGACUCAAACAACACCAAGUUCUGCUACUACAACAACUACAACCUCUCUCAGCCCCGCCAUUUCUGCAAGAGCUGCAGGCGCUACUGGACCAAAGGAGGAGCUCUUCGCAACAUCCCGGUCGGGGGUGGGUCACGAAAGAACACCAAGCGCUCGUCUAAUAACCCCAAACGACACGCCAACUCCUCUGAUCCCAACCCGACCCGCAAGGCUCCAGAACCCGCACCACCCUCCCUGUCGACCGCAACUUCCCAGCAAAUGGCAUCGAACCAAGGUGUUCUGGGUUCGGGUUUGGAUCAGGAUCCGAACCGUGUUUACGGAUUGUCGGUCGAGCAGGACAGGAAGGUACUGGAUAUGGGUAUGAAUGGAAGCUUCAGCUCGCUUUUAGCGUCGAAUGGGCAGUUCGGGAGCAUUCUGGAGGGGUUGAAUCCGAAUGGGUCGAGCCUCAAAAUGGUACAAAUGGGUGAUUUAGGAGAGAACUUGGGGUCGGGUCAUGGGCUGGAUUUGGUUUCGGACAGCGGAAUUGGUUUGCAGGGGAACAAUAAUGGUAACGACAAUGGCGGUGGUGAGAGUUAUUGUUGGAGUGGAAGCAGUAAUGGCUGGCCUGAUCUUGCUAUUUAGACUCCCAAGUUCAAAUUAUCAGGAGAGAGACAGAGAGAGAGAGAGGGAGAGAUUACAGGUAU